AGCUGUUGCAGUUACUAGAUUGUUAGAUGAUAGCUGUUGUUUCAUUUGCCACCAUUGCUAUUCAGUACCGGCACCGAUACUAGAUAAUUACUGCUAUCACAUCACCUCGGAGUAACGUCAAGUUAUACGCUAGACUGUUGAAUUACAAUAUUGAUAUUCGUCGUGGAGUCUACGAAUCGUAUUCUGAUUUUCAUGACGCUGUCUAUGGUAUUUUUCACUAUCAACACAAGUGACAGCUUUCUCACUAAUUUUUGAGUGAGGCACAAAAAAACUUUACAUCUGCAGACAUGCCAAAAAAAAGUAAUCCAACUACCAUCAGUAACAAGAUGGAUUCUGAUGAGUGUGAACAGCCAUCAAUGAAUCAACUCAGUAGGGAUGAUGACAUAUUUCCUUUGGAUGAUGGAAUGCCCAAAGACACUGAAAAUUCAGAAUUACAAGACUCUAAAGUAAUUGUAUCAAAAAGUAGUGGGAAAAGGUCGUUCAGAAAUCUUUCUAUGGACAUUGUACUACCAGACCUUCCCUUGAAUGACGAUGAGAGUGAACUUAUUGACCAAGAAAAAGCUUUAAGUGAGCUAACAAAUGCUCCUAGUACAUCUACCCCAACAACAGAGAUACCAUCAACACAUAGCCCUGUAGUUUCAACACUAGAAAUGCAAGAGCAUGUGUCACGCUGUGUUCAGCUGAAUACAGAAAAUAAAAUUAACACCAAGAACGCAUUCGGUUUACAACUUAUUGAUUACAUGCCUCCAAUCCUAGCAAAGCAAAGUGGAACCAAUUUUACUGCUGCAGCUUGUCAGUUGGAUGCUGGAGCAAAGAUAUAUGCUUAUAGAGUUGAUGCUGUGCAUAAGGACGUUAUGAAGCUUGUGGAAACUUGUAUGUUUGCUGAGAGGGACCCGAAUAGCAAGAAAAGUAAGAUAGAUGAUGAGGAUGACAGCACUGAAGAAGGUAUACCUGGUACAUCCAGCAAUGCAGAAAAACAAAAAAAGAAAAAGACAAAGAAAAAGGUUAUCGCCACUGCCGAUCAGAUUACCCGAAAACCAAAGGAGAAAGAUCCAAGAGAAAUGUUUGUGAAAAUGGAAGCCAUUCCAGGCAACAUCUUAAAUAAAGCAAAACAUGAUUCCAAGGAUCUCUCUUUGACAUUGGACAGGCAUGUUCCAUUUUGGAACAAUAUGCAACAAUAUACUCCAACAAAGGCUACUGGAACAUGUUCAAUCCCAGACAUCACAGUGAACAAGAAUCGUACACUUGGAUCUGCAUUAGAAGUAGACUACGAUAGAAUGUCAUCAUCAACAUCGCAGUCACACUGUGAUAAUGAAGAUUGGAAUACUGAGCCGGAUGAGCCAGUGGAUUUUGAUAACAAAAGUGAGGAGGAAGGUCUCAAAGAGACCUUAAAUCACACUGAAGAAGAUGCUCGAAUGAGAGAUGUUGAAGUUAUGUUUCGUGCUAAAUGUAAAAUGGAGGAAGAGAAGGUGAGUCCACCAUCACAGUUGGAUGUUAUGAAAGCAUUAUUUCAUAAAUCGGAGGAUAGUGAAUAUGAUUACCUCAUAAAUGAUAACUCACAUUAUUGGGCAGGACCAAUGUACUGGAAACGUGCUCCUGGCUUAAAACCUGCAGCCAAUAAAAAGAAAGGGUUGCGUAAAAAAAAGGAACCGUCUGAAAUAAAUUAUGAGAACAGCCCUGCUCAGUCAGUCCUGGGCAAAGCACCCAGACGAAAAAGAAACAUGCUAACUAAAUCUACAAUGAGUAAAUGGUCCAAUAGUAAGGUUACUUUACCUAUUGAUGAUCAUUUAAAGCCAAGAGUGAUACAAACCUUGUUCAACAUGGACAUCUCUCCACAAAUAUUACCAAAUGCACCCAAAGAAGAUGAAGAAAAUGAUCUAAAUGGCCAAGAAAAUGAUCAUAGCUUACCAGCUGAUGAGCAGGAUGAAGGUGCUAUCAAUGAUGACGGAAAUGAGAUUGAAGCACAAAUUGAUUUCAAUAUAAUGCGACUAGAGAACAUCAAGGUAGAAGAAGAAGAAGAAGAAUGUCUAUCAACUCUUGCUGGGCCUUCUUCAAGUGCAAGACCUUCACAUUCCUCGCCCUCCAAAAAUUCAAGUGGGGCGUUUGAAGGUGAUAACCUUGUACCUAUGGUGAAAACGGUUAAAUUUGACCCUAUCAAAUAUGUGGUAAGACCGAACAGGGUUGAUAUGCAGCACUUGAAGAGUGUUAUGCUAAAUAUUAUUCUUGAAGCCAUGGAGGAUCAGGUGCAAUCUGAUCUUUUAACACAUACUGGCUUAAUGAAGAAACAUCCAGAGGUCGCAUGUUUGGACAACAUAAAUACAAAUAUUGCUAGUGAUCUGAUUGAUCUUAGUGAAAAUACGCCUCCAAGUAAAGAAGGAACAUCUAGUCAAGGAGUUAUGUUAAAAGAUGUGUACUCCAAACUGUGUAACACAGAUGCACUUCACUACCGUACCAGAGAAGACCUCAGUUUUGCCAUGGCUUUCCAGUGCCUCCUCAUUCUCACCAAUGAAAAUGAAUUUUCACUGGUUAAUUCAGAAGAUGGUGACGUUGUUAUUAGCCGCAGCUCUGUAGAGGCAUCAAGCAGUCAAGAAGAUUGAGAAGCCUGAGUUCUAAAUCAGACUGAAGCAUCAAGCAGUCAAGAAGAUUGAGAAGCCUGAGUUCUAAAUCAGACUGAAGUAAUAUAUAUGUUACCCAUUUUUUUAGUUAUGUUAAUGUUGUAUAUUCUUAAUUUUGUACGAAAAAUAUUGUUGCUUUAUUUUAAGUGUAGGGCUUUUAUGUCUUAAAGUACUGUAUGUAUUAAGUGUAGGUCAUAUAAAGAAGAACUGGUCUUAUAACAGUCUUAUAUAUUCUUAAUUUUGUUUUGUAAGACAGUAAUUUUGAUUUUAAAAUAUUAUUUAAUGCGUACAUGCUUCUAUUUGCCAAAUUUAUUCUAUUUUGGAUUUCUAUUAGUUCAUUACUCUUUGAAUUAACUAUUGCUCCGAGGUAUUUGAAUCUUUCAACCUGUUCGAAUUUAUAGUUCAGUAUUUCCAAAUCUUCUCUAUCAUUAUUUCCUCGCCUAAAAUAAAUCAACUUUGUCUUAGCGUC